AUGAACUGCUCAGAUUCGGUGCGCUAUCCCUUUCUACACGGUCCGCAGCCGCCCAUCUCGCUUAAAGCAAGACCAGACCUUUUGAGCUGGAUGUCCGAUGGGACGUUUGCUCUGGUGGCCCCUGUCGUUGCUUACUGGGUGUUUUCACUGUUUUUCCAUGUCAUCGACACUUUUAAGCUUCUCGAAAAAUAUAGGAUCCAUCCACCAGAAGAGAUUGCUAGUAAAAACCACGCUUCGCGACUCAAUGUCUUGGCCGAGGUGAUAUUCCAGCACCUGUUGCAGACUGUGGUUGGGUUUUGGUUUAACCGUUGGGACGGCCAUCCGGUCACGGGGUUUGAAAAACGCGAAAUGUGGAACUGGCGUCGCAACGUGCCAGGCGUUGUCCCGGACGUUCUUGUGGUGUGGGCCUACCGUUACGGGUUGUCGUUUGUGAAAUUGACUUUGGGGUUCAUGUUCAUCGACACUUGGCAAUACUGGUUGCAUUAUUUGAUGCAUGCGAACCGUCGUCUGUACAAGAUGUUCCAUUCGGUCCAUCACAGACUGUAUGUGCCGUACGCCUACGGUGCGCUGUACAACGCCCCCAUGGAAGGUUUGAUCUUGGACACUUUGGGAACCGGGUUGGCCAUGGUUCUUACCGGGUUGACCCACCGUGAAGAACUGGUGUUGUUCACUUUCGCCACUCUAAAGACUGUCGAUGACCAUUGUGGCUACGCCAUCCCAGCCGACCCGUUCCAAUGGUUCUUCCCCAACAACGCUGUCUACCACGAUAUCCACCAUCAAACGUUCGGCAUGAACUACAACUUCGCCCAGCCUUUCUUCACCUUCUGGGACUCGCUUGUCAACACGCAAUACCCAGACUUCCAAGCUUACAGCAAGCAACAGAGAAGAAUCUCCAUCGACAAGUACAAGGAGUUCUUGGCCAAGAGGGAGCAGGAAAAGAGGGAAAAGAUUGCCAAGUUGAAGGACGCAAACGCCUUUAUCAAGGACAAGACCGACGCUGUUGCGUCUGGUGUGGCUGCCCACGUCACCGCACAGGUCGCCAGUGUAACCGCUUAG